UCCAGUUCUCAGGCUUUCCCCGCUUAAAUUUGGUUUCAAUAGUUAUUUCCCUGGUUUCUAAGCGGUCAAAACUACUGAAAAAAUGGCGUCUGUGAUAGUUUUCUUGUUUAUUUUAGCAACCCAAGUGUCAGCCUUCCGUGUUUGUCCCAAAUGUGGUAAAAUAAGAGUUCCAUAUCCACUUAGCACUGAUGAAAACUGUGGAGAUCCCAGGUACAGAAUCUACUGUAACAAUGGUACAGUCCUGGAGUUCAUGUCAGCUCCAGGGUUUUACUAUAAGAUUCUCAGCAUUAAUCCCUGGACUAAUAGGCUUGUUAUAAGCCCACCCCUGAUACAGGAAAACACUUGUUAUUCUACUGAUCUUGGUGUAGGGGGUUUACAACUCGAUGAGAACUUACCCUUCAACAUAUCCACUCGUAACACUGUCAUGUUGUUUAACUGCUCUGAUAACAUUCUUUUAUCCCCAUUGAAUUGCUCUUCAAGCAGCUUCUGUAGGCAGUUUGUGGAUGUCAAGGAGGGAUAUGGCUGCAAGGGAACACUUUGCUGCCAUUUCUUGAAAGAUGCAUCCAUGACCUCACAUAGGAUCAGGGUCAGGCUUGGAGGCUGCACUGCUUAUACUUCUGUGGUUGAUAAACAGCCUGAUGAUCCCAUUGAAUUUUGGAACUUCGGCAUUGAGCUGCAAUGGUUGCCUCCAUUCUGAAUAUUUUAAGUUAGUACUUUCUUCGACAAGUUAUGUCAUGCAUCCUGGUUCCUGGAAUAAUGUUAACUUUCUGUCGUACGUAGCUGUUCAACUCUGCUUGUUAUGCUGUAUCUUUGGUUGCUUGGUUUUCAUUGUAAUAUCACUGAAUAAAUUUCCAUGUUAGACUCCUUCCGUAGUUUUGUGAAAACAUCAGCCAAAUGAAUGAAGUGGAGCAUGGUUUUACUUUCUCAACUUUAAGCCAGUGCUAAGGCCUGGGAAAGCUGAAGUUGCUUAGGAACUGGGCUUCCCUAGGCCCAGGUUAGAUUGUU